AUGGAAGCCUUAUAACAAAUAUUAAAAACUUAGGGAACUAAUGUAACAAUAAUAGAUCUGGAAUUUAAGUAUCAUUUGAUAUCUAUGACAAUAGAUCAAUUGAAAGUUUAGAGGAAUUAUUACCAUAAUUAGCAAAUUUUAGCAAUCUAAAAGAGGUAUAUUGUAAAUGAUAUAUAUAGCUUAAUUUACAUGGGAAUCGUUUGUCGUACUUGCCUGAUGAUUUAAGUUUGCUAGAUACUGUUGAAGUUCUUGAUAUAUCUAAUAAUAUUUUCUCUGAUGUAACUCUACAUGUACAAUUAUUUUAGUUAGGCUAAGUAGUAGAUGCUUUGUCAACGAUGCCCAAUUUGAUUCAUCUUGAGAUUACAUUGUCAUCAAAGGAGGAGGAACAAUACAUUUUAGAAUGCCUUACGAAUCUCCAAAUUUUGAAUUCUCAAAAAGUGAAUGGAGAUUAGGAAGGAGGCGAUGAAACCUUAGAAUAGUAAAGUGAACAAUAAUCUGAGAGAUCCAUGAGUGCAGUUUAAGACAUUACACUUUAGUAGUAUGAUCUCGAAUAGAUGGCUGUAUUAUGAUGCAUAUCGUUAGAUUUUAUAUGAUAGCAUAAGAGAGUACAAGAAAGAGGAUCAAGAAGAUAAACAAUUUGAUCAGUAAAUUAGAGCCAUUAUGCUUGAUCUUCAAUCGAAGUUAAAAUAAAACAAUCCUGAUCACUUAACUAAUCUUAAUAUUUUAACAGUAAUCCUCAUAAUAAUCUUAGGCAAAAUUUAACUUAUAUGAAAUCUGCUUUAAAUCAAUUAUAAAAUACUUCAAAGCAAAUGACAAAAAAUUAGAUGCAAUCAUAACAAAAAUCCACGAUAUGCAUUUACAAAUUUUUAAUGAUAUGUCUAAUGUGAUUUCAAAUGUUAAACCAUAAUCUAAAAAUACCUCUUAAAUUAUUGAGAAUAAAAAGUAAGUGAAUCAACAACAGCAAGGUGAUAAAACAGUUGAAAAUAGAUUGAGAUUAGAGCUAUCAGAACUUUAACAAUAAAAUGCUGAAUUAGAAAAAGAAAAUAAAAGAUAUAUAGAUCUGCUCAUUAAACAUUCAAAAGGGGAUAGGUCAUCAAUACCCAAUUCAGAACAUGUAAUAAAAUAAUAAAAUGACUCCUAUCAAUCUUAGAACUAUUCAAAAAACCAUCAAUCAUCAAGCAUUCAAUAAAAUAAUACUAUUUUUUAGUCAAAAUAAUCUUAGAAUCUUAAUUCAGUACCUUAACAAGUAAAUGUUAGACACUUGACGUUGAAGUAAUUAAAAGAUGUUAUUAAUGAAAUUUAUGAAAGUAAACAGAAAUUUGAUUAGAAGUGUGCUGAUUCUAAAUUACCUAGGGAAACCAUGGAAUAACAUAUGUAUACUUUUCUAAAUUAGAAAUAUGGACUUAAAAGUCUUAUAAUAGAAUGGGCUACAUCAAUAAUAAAUGCACUUAAAAAGUAUUCAGCAGAAGAUAAUGACGUGGCUGUAUUUGGUAAAAUUCUUAGGAAUGAGUGUGAUGAAGAGUUUCGCUUUGUUUAGACCUAAGUCAAAAAUACUAUGCAAGAAUUAUUAAAAGUAUUCAUUUUCGAUAUCAAAGAUGUACCUAAGAGGAAAAUUUCCAUUGAAACACCAAGCAGAGAUCAAGGAAAUGCUCAAUCAAAGGAUAAAUGGGCAACUUUAUGAGGAAGAAGCUGUAGAUAUUAUAAAAUAUAUGUACAAUUAAGAAGACUCUGAAUUACUUCUGAACAAAUUAAAGUCAUAUUAUAUAGUUCCUUCGAAAAAUCCAGAUAGAAGAUUAACUAGAGAAGAGCAAUUAUCUUUGCUUUAAGAAAAAGAUAAAUAUAAAUUAGAAUAUUCAGUGUUUCAGAAGAUAAUAUUAGAUUUCUAACUAAAGUCACAUGAGAAAUAUUUGAAGAAAUUUAUUUUGACUUUUAAGUAAAUGGAUACAGAUGCUAAUGGAAUUAUUGACGAAGUAAAUAAUAUAAUUGAUAUUAAUAGAACGAAUUUCGAAAUUUGAUUGAUAUUCUAAAUUUUGGAGCAGGAGAUCUUGACAUCUAAAAAUAUUUGAACAUCAUCGAUCCUUAUAGUCAUCAAUAAAUAACAUUUUCAUAAUGUGUGACUCUGUUUUCUUCAGAAUCUGUGCCUGGUUCUAAUGGAUAACUCCAAAUACUAUAAAAGAUAUCAGAAUAAUGA